AUGUAUUUUCAGAUCGAAAAUUUAUUUAUCUCUCAAAUGUUGAAAUUCAAGUAUUUGAAUAAAAUAAUCAUCUUAAAUAUGUACGUCCGCUUUGAUCAUUUACAAGGUGCUGAUCCAACAGCUUUAGAAAAUAAAAUAGUUCAAUAUUAUGGUUCUGAUAAAGGUGAAGAUGCUGAUUCAGUAGGAGGGCAUAUGGAUUUGGCUCUAUUUAUUUUAAAACAACAAUGUGAAUGUUUAAACGAAUCUGAUUGUGAUGAGCAAUUAAUUAUUUCAAUAAUGUUUAAUCAAGCUGUUAAAAUUCAUUCAAUUAAAUUUAAAGGGCCAUCAGAUAAAGGUCCUAAAAACGUUAGGAUUUUUAUAAAUCAACCAAGAACUUUAGAUUUUGAUAUGGUUGAAAGUUGCACCAGUGUUCAAGAUUUAGAAGUAACUCCAUCGGAUUUGGAAGGAAAUCCUGUAAAUCUUCGUUAUGUUAAAUUUCAAAACGUUACAAACAUUCAAAUUUUCGUUAAAGAUAAUCAAUCAGGAGAUGAAGUGACACAAAUUGAUCAUUUAGCGAUUAUUGGUACUCCAAUUAAUACAACUAACAUGGGGGAUUUCAAGAGAGUUGCAGGCAAAAAGGGGGAAAGUCAUUAAAAAGGAUUAAUAAAUAAUUCUUUCUUUUAUUUUAAAUAAUUUGAAUUACAAGAACUAUUUAACUUGUGAAUUGAAAAAUAUGCAUUUGAAAAAUCUUUUUUAAUUGUAAAUAAUUUAAUAUUAUUAUAAAACAGCUGAUUUACAAUAAAAUAAAUCAUUUCAAAGAUCUUGUUUGUUGUAAUUUAUUUAGUUUGGUCUCCAUAUAUUAGUGCUUUAUU